CCUCACUUCAUUCGAAGCGGGAGCCUAAACCAUGGCAGAAAUAGCGGGAACCGUCGUUGGAAUAAUAUCUUUGGGUAUCCAACUAUGCAGAGGCAUUACGUGGUAUAUCGACUCUGUGAAGCAUGCAGAUACGCGGAGAUCCGAGAUCUCAAUUCAAGUUGAAGAGCUGGAGAAUAUUCUCGAGAAGUUGGAUGCUGUCGUUGGAAAAGCCCAGGCUAAUGAACACCUACAACAGACAAGUCGGUCAGCUAUCACGACAUGUGCAAAUGCUAUUGAGAGGAUCAAAGCAAGUAUCGGGCCAGUCCAUUUGGAAGAGGGAUCGAAGCUACCUAUACAAGCUCGCAAAUUCAGAAUCCGAUUAUCACACCCAUUCAAGCAGUCAGAGAUAUCGCACUGCAAGGAAAUGUUGCACAACAUUCAACAGAAUCUUCAGUCAGCAUUGUCAGCCGUGCAAAUAGAACAGGCACAACUGAAUCAGAUACAGCUGCUUCGGCAAUCGAACUCCAACAGAAAAGCCCUCCAUGAGAGGUUGGACUUGAUGGCGUAUCAACACAAGAAAAAUGUCCAAGCCCUCGACACAAAGUUGACGAUACAAGAUUCGGGCGUCAAAGAAGGGUUCCUAUUAGUUGAGAGCAGUAUACAGGACCUUAGGAAGUCUGUGUUUCCAGUGGCUGAAGGCAUCCCCAGCAUAUUGGAGACCCUGGUUACAUUAGCUUCUGAUGUCAAUCGGCUUAGCACAAGUAUUGAAGCACGCUCUCCUGCAAUGGUCUCGAUGAGCACUAUUGGGCGUGAUGUUUCAGAGAUAAGAAGCUUGACGAAACAUGUCCGUGCAGCUUCCUCAAAGGGAUCACGAGCUAUUAGCUCAUACCAUUCAUGCGAUUGCAAGCACCACAAAAAAUCAUAUAGCUACUCCUUAUGGCCUUUCGAGCUUUGGAAAUCGCUGACACGGAAGCAUAGGAUCGAUUGCCCACACUCCAUCUACGAAGAUGCAACGACCCAAUUGGGAAUUCAAUUGAAUCUUUGUAGCCUCAUGUUGAAGCGUAAAGUUCAGAUCUCUGUCUUCUUUUCGCAAAGCAUGAGGGGUCCUGGGGUUUCAUCCAACUUGAGAUGCCAUCGGAUUGUCACAUCGGGCUCACCUGCUUUCAAGCUAGUGUUUGACUUCCUAAAUGAGUCCAUAUCAGGUCCAAAUUCCUACAAGGACAUGACCGAUGAACUUUUCAAGUUGUUCCAACUGAGAGAGGCGUCGCCCCAUGAUAGAUUGGAGGAUGGGAUGACUCUACUACAUUACUUUUGUUUCUGGGGGAAGAUUUGCGAUGAUGAAAGAAGCCCAUCCAAUUGGCUAGGUGUGGUCGAUUAUCUACUCAAGGUCCUGGGUGACGGAGCCUUGGAAAAAGAUAUAUCUGGCCGGAACUGUGUGGAGUAUUUACAUCAGAAGCAAAGCAUCCACAAUGACAUCCUUGUGAAGCUACUCGACUAUGGAAUACCUGCGGUUUUAUCUAUGAAAGAAACGAGGAGGGUCCUUUGCAUGUACAAGAAAGUGCCAUUGUACCAGUACAGUGAUACUGUGGAUUAUCCCGAAACAAUAGCCGCCAUUCUGUCUCGAUCCGAAAGUGGCCUACAGGAGCUUAUUGACAAAGACCAAGGUCUAAUUGACGUUGUUGACGAUUUUGAAACGACAAUGUAUGAAUUGGCGACCAAUCUGGGAUGGCGACAAGGCUGUGAAGUCUUAAGGAGAAACAAUGUCAGUAUAUCAAGAAGGUCUUUCCUUCUAUGGAAUGCCACCCUUUUAGAAUUGGCUGUCAUAUCCAAUGAUCUUGAAACACUCCGGUUCUGGCUUGAGAUUCGGGACACUGCAACAAGCGAAGAGCUUCAAUAUAUCGGAGGACUCGAGGGAGCAUGGAAUUUGGCAUUGACUCGGCAAAAUUCCGAGGUUAAUGUCAAGGAACUGCUAUCCGCCCUUGUUUCCCAGCGCACAUUGCUGUGCGAACUUGCGGAAUACCAUCUUCCGGAAGAAGCUUCAACAUUGCCUCAGGAUCGUCUACUUGAUGCUUCGGCUAUCGAGGUAUGGGAAGCUCUCUGCAAAUAUGGAAUCAAUCCGAAGCCUUCACUGCGACCGAGUAAGAGAAGCGUAUAUCAUAUA